UCCACAGCACGCUCGAUGUGACAUGGAAAAUACGGACGUGGUUUCGAAUUGAAGUCAGUAUCGCAUAGACCGUCUUCGGGCAUGUUGCAAUUACGCGUCGAUCGUCGCUCGUUUUCUACGUCCGUGUGACGUACCUACAGGGGUCGUCCACCCUCUGGCGAUUGUUUCCGAAAGGAGGGGGGAUGUGUUUCGGUUUUUGGGGAUAUAUUUCGAAUUUUCUCGUUGGUGUUUUGUUUGGGGGAGGGGUGUACAGCGUUAUUUUGGCAACAACAGUAACAUUGUGAGAAGAAGUCGGUCUGUGAUACAGAGUGGAUUAAGAAAGAACUGAUACUACAAGUGCCUUCACAGGUGUCGAACCAAAGAUUUUUAAAUUGAAAAUUCAUCUAAUGAAUGUACUUAGUGUGUGUGAUAUAAUCUAGAUUCUAGACAGCAACUUUUGUGAUAAUUCCAUUUACGAAGUACAACAACAAGGACCAACCGAAGCUUUAGAGACUAUUAUACCUGUAUGCAGAUACAUUUAUUUAUUUUCGUAAUCGAUAUGAUGGACUGAUUGGGUGUAUCGCGUUUUUUCGUAUAUGCCAAAAUGGUCGUGUUACAAGAUAGCGGUUGUUCGCCUCUGCACGCGCCCACAGCAUUCUUCGACCCUUUGGAUUACAGACACGUGACCGCUCGACUGAAGAUGGUGCCGAAACGUUACCUCAGCAUCCAUCCGUACUUGACGCCGUUCUGUGCCAAGGAUCUCAAAGCACAAAUCCAACUCUUCCGAUCUCAGCAAUCCCAGGCCGCCACCCCGACCGCCGCCCAACUCCAGCUGCUCCAACAACAACAGCAGCAACAGCAGCAGCAACAACAGCAGCAGCAACAAUACCUCGCAGCGGCGGCCGCCCAACAGCAGUUCCCCCACCAGGCCGCCCCCUAUCUGGUGAACGCCGCGGCCGCCCAACAGGAGCCCGCCUCCUACCUGAUAACGGCCGGCGUGCCCGCCCAAUACUAUGGGGCGGUCGGGCCGUGGGUGUAUCCGGCGCCGCCCGCCAAUCUGAUGCAGCAGGGGGCGGCAGGUGGUGGGGGCAGGAGGCCGUUGACGCCUAACGGGACGGCCGAGGCGCAGCAACAGGUGCAGUCCCAAGUCGCCGGCGGCUACAUCGUGCCCUACUACGACCAGACGGCCGCCCCCAUCCUGAUGGCGCAAGGCGCCGCCGCCGCUGCCGCCGCGAUGCGCGCCAACGGCACUCCCAUGCGAUUGGUCAGUCCGGCGCCCGUUUUAGUCCAGCAGCAGCCCUCUGCGGCGCAACAGGCCGCCUCCAGGCAGACGCAGGUGGCUGCGGCGGCAGCGGCAGCGGCGGCUGCAGCGGCUGCGGCCGCCUCGCUGUACUCGCAGCAGCAGCAGCAGGGUGUGGCCCAAGGUGUGGGUUCGGGGCUGUUUCAAACGUUGCACGCCGCACCGCCAUCUGCCGCCGCUUUCGGCAGCUCGUCGCUAGGGAAUAUCGGCUCAUCCUCCACCGCCAACUCCUUGCAUACAGGUAGGAUAGACAAUUUGGCUGGCCUCGGCUUGACGACGACCGCCACCGCGCGCCGCGACUCCUUCGACCGCAACACCUCCGCCUUCUCUCCCUCCUUGGAGUACCGCCAAAAGUGGCCGACCUCCUACAACCUGGGCGGCAGCGCCAGUCCGCUGACGGGCAGCCUGACGCCGCCCCCACAGCCAGCGGCUGCCCCCCUACAGCUGGGCGGACUGGUGAAUCCGCGCGUGCUUUCGGCCGCCCCAGGGGCGGAAGCCAAGUACAGGAGUUCCUUGGGAGGGGCGACGGCCAUUUUCGGCUCGACCAGCUCGUUGUUUACCAAGAUCAAUUCGACGUUGACGGCGGCGGCGGGGGGAAAUGUGGCUGCCGGGGUGGCCGGCGGCGGGUUGGACAAGGGGCCGCAGGGCAGGUCAAGGGAUCUGGCCAAUCACAUCGUCGAAUUCUCGCAGGACCAGCACGGCUCGCGCUUCAUCCAACAGAAACUCGAACGCGCCACCGUCACCGAAAAGCAAAUGGUCUUCAACGAAAUCCUGUCGGCCGCCUACAAUCUCAUGACGGACGUGUUCGGCAACUACGUCAUCCAAAAGUUUUUCGAAUUCGGUACGGCCGAACAGAAAACGACCCUCGCCCAAAAGGUGCGAGGGCAAGUGUUGCCGUUGGCAUUGCAGAUGUACGGGUGUAGAGUUAUACAGAAGGCGUUGGAAUCCAUACCGCCCGAGCAGCAGCAGGAGAUCGUUCGAGAGUUGGACGGUCACGUGCUCAAGUGCGUCAAAGACCAGAACGGCAAUCACGUGGUGCAGAAGUGCAUCGAGUGCGUCGAUCCUAACGCUCUACAGUUCAUCAUCCAGUCCUUCUCCGGUCAAGUGUACACCCUGUCGACGCACCCUUACGGCUGCCGGGUGAUACAGCGCAUCUUGGAGCAUUGCACGGCCGAUCAGACGACGCCGAUACUGUCGGAGCUGCACCAGCACACCGAUCAGCUCAUCCAAGACCAGUUCGGCAACUACGUCAUCCAGCACGUUUUAGAACACGGUAAACCGGAAGACAAGUCUCAGCUGAUAAACAGCGUGAGAGGUAAAGUGUUGGCGUUGAGUCAACACAAAUUCGCCAGUAACGUUGUCGAGAAGUGCGUAACGCACGCGACGAGAGCCGAGAGAGCUUUGCUCAUCGAAGAAGUUUGCGGAUUCAAUGACAACGCUCUGCACGUGAUGAUGAAGGAUCAGUACGCCAACUACGUGGUCCAAAAGAUGAUCGACGUGAGCGAGCCGACGCAACGCAAGGUGCUCAUGCACAAGAUCAGGCCGCACCUGAACUCGUUGCGCAAAUACACGUACGGCAAGCACAUCAUCGCCAAAUUGGAAAAGUACUUUAUGAAGGCGCCCGGCAGUUUGGGCUCGUUGGGGGGAGGAGUGACGGGGGAAUUGGGGCCCAUCGGCCCGCCCACCAACGGGGUACUCUAAAGUGCUCACUUGCUGAUUUUUUUUCUCCUCCUUCUUUUUCUCUUCAUCUCUCCUCCUUCUUUGUUUUUAUAAUUGUUAUUUUAUUUUGACGGCGAGCCGCGCUGCCUGUGCGUUUUGGUAGCGCGCGCUACGUUCCAGUAUUUACUUUUUUUUUUCUUCUCCACAUUUUUUAUCAUUGAUUUUCGUAUUUUUUUUAAUCAUGAUAAUUUUUUUUUUUUCGUAAGGUUAGCGUUAGCUUAGGACUUAUCGUGUUGUAUACCUACAUCCAAGAAGAAAACAAACAAAAAAAAAAAAGGAAAAUGUCUCUGUAUUAUAGUUGUAAUUUAUGUAAUUUGUCAAAUCAUCGCGUUGAUUGGCUUUUGUUUUAGCAUGGAUGAUGAUUUAUUUUUCUUGGUGAUUUUGGAUAAAACAAAAGGCAAUUCCGAUCAACAUGCAUGUUCACAUUCGUGUCCCCCCCUUUCACCCCCCCACCCUUUCUCCCCACCAACAACCUUACGAUAUCGUAAAGCUUAGAUGGUUGUGUAAAAAUUUUUUAAGGAGCGAAUCUCACGGACAUUAUUUCGAACAGACGCAACAUUAACAAAAACUUGAAAUUGUACAUAAAACAAAAUAAUCAAACAAACAGCGGUACAGCAGAAAAUUGCCUCAAUGCUUUCCGAUUUCUAACAAACAAAAUUCAUCAAUAAUAUUGAAAAUCAGUCUUGACAGUCAGUUGGUAAAUGAUUUGAAAUAGUCAAGAAUUAUUGUCAUCCUAUCGAUUUUGAAUGUUUUCACAAACAAUUCUCGCUCUAUACUCUGUACAACUUUAACACUUGGUAUGAAUCUUCGUUUCACUCUUGAAAAUAAUGUUUCAAUCGAAAGUAACGACAUUGACCUGAAGAUAUUUUUUCGUAGUUAAUUUUUUCAAAAAAUCGUUUGAACAAAUCAUAAAAAAACAUGGACUUUUCCAUUAUAAAUGCCCUUGAAUAAAAUAAGAUUUGAAAGAAAUCAAGAUUUGAACAAACUCGAAUGGGCAUUUGUUUCAUAUACAGGGUGGUCCAGAUUGGCUGUCAUUUGAAAGGUGAUGGAGACCAACUGAACCAUUUUCAAAAAUUUCCAAUUCGGUGGGAAAAUGAAACAAAGAUUCACACCGAUACCGUAAACGUUGCACUUUCGGUAUGGAGUUUUUGUGGACGAGUUGUUGACGUAACUUUUUUCGAAUUUAUAGAGUCGAGUUUUUCACCUUAGACACUUGGCGUUGCAUUUAUCUUUAGGGUAUUAGACGUUUCAUCGCUAUCGAUAGGAGUGUUAGAAAAGUGUAAUUACGGCCUCGGAUCCCGUCGAUUUUGAGAAAUACUUCACACGCCAUAAUUUUUUAUCGUUUUUCGGACUCGCGUUUCGUAACUAUUCGGGUGUCCAGCCUUCCAAACUGUAUAAAGUGUUCAUUUCCAAUAAAGUCGCAGAGAUAUAUUUACUUGUCGAGAUUUAUUGUAAAAAUUUUUAUGGAGAAACAAUUAUUGUAAGAUAACAAAUUGACUUUAUGUAAAUAUUAAUUUGUAAAAGUUGUAUAAAAAAAAUGUAUUAUUUUUCAUCCCUUUCAUUUGUAAAUAGUGAAGUAUUUGUUCGGAAUUGAGUGUGGAUUCAGUCGAAUAUUCGAAAUCUUUAGAUACAUUGAAGGAGCUGUUAUUAAUAUUAAUAAUAGUGAUUAUAUUUAUAUAUAAAAAAAAACAAUGUAGAACUUGAUGGCACACAUUUCCUUUUUAUCAACUAAUACACACACGAAGCGUUUUAAUAAUCGUAAAGGUUUUUCUCUCAAAUUCCAUUUUAUUAAUAUUUAAUGUUGUAUGGUAUAAUUUCAAAUGCAUUUAUGACUGUGUUUUCGAGCUACUUUGUAGGUAAUGUUUGUAUCAUUGUUGUUUAAUAUACACACACAAACACACAUACACACCGUUAACCGAGAACAUUGACAGUUGUGGGUAGUUUUUACACCGUCUGGUGUUGUAAAUUGACAAACGAUAACGUUUUACAAUGAUUUUUAUGCGGCGCGUCUAAGUGGAUUCCGAUACAAACGAUUUAGUUGCAUUUAAAAAACAAUUCUGUAUCAGACUUGAAUGAUGGUUUUAUUACAUUUUGAAGGUAUUAAUUUCGAAAUCAACAAUUCGUUUGUACUAGAGAUGUAUAUGAGACACACUGUAUGACUGACCAAAAUUUAAUAAUUUCACUUAUUAUACAUACUAUUUUAGUUUAAUUAUGACAUAAUCGUUAUACUGAAAUUAAUUUCAGAGUGAUUAUUCUUUAAUUUCGGAAAUGUUAAUUUAUUUAUUUUGAAACAACUGGAUCAUGUUUUUCGAUUAUUUAUUUAUUUUGUUUUUGAAAUUGAUUCGACAGGACACUGGACCGUAAUAUUUUUGUUUUGUUUUUUUUAAUUUUAAAAUCAUCCGAUGUGUAAAAAUUACACCACGCGAGGGCCCAACGAUCCCAGUGGUCUCCGAUACGUGUACGAAAUAAUCUCACCGUUUUUUGUAUUAUAUUGUAAUAUAGUUUCGUUUUCAUAGCAUUUCCGUACCAAACACAUGAAACAUGCCAUUUCGAUGAAGGUUCCAACGUACACUUAUCGGGGAAAGCUAAACACAUGGCAUCGACCAACCGAAAUCGUUGAAAAUUUUCCGUCAUCUUUAAACUCCGCCAUCUUGGAAGCUCCGCUUUAGUUACGUACUCCGAUAACAUUUCCAUCAUAUCUGGUGAAAAAAAAUGGUGAGAUUUCAAAUUCAAGAAGUUAUUGUUUUUGUUUUCCCAAUGCGACAUUUUUUUUCGUAUGCUUUGUUUUUGACUGGUUGGUGUUGUUUUGAGGUCCGACAGAGUUUUUCAGCGAUUUUGGUAAGAGUUACUGCGAAAACUAAUGCACAUUCAAAAUAAUAGACACCCACAUUUUUCUCUCCCCCCACUCCGCUAGUGAUAUGUAUAUAUAUGAUAAUAUGCGUUAUAAUCAUUCUCAAAUUGUAUCACAUGUAUUUAUAUAGAAGAAAAAAGAAGGUGUUUAAUAGUGUAAUAAUGUAAAAUAAUCCAAUUUUGUACUUAGAAAUUAUUUGUAUUGUAUUUUAAUCAUGUGAAAUAUUUGGGUUCUUGGAUUUCCGUCUGAAUUUUUCCGAAUAUUCGAAAUUGAUGCUUCUGCAACAUCCAAUCAGAAAUGAAUAUAGGAAUAAUUAUGCAAAUCCAAAGGAAAAACUGUCUUAUAAUGGAUUUUUUUUACAGCUUGAUAGUAUUUUUGUAUAUCUAAAAAAUUUCAGGGCAUUUGGAGAAUAUUCAGACGGAAGCCAGGUCACUCGGUUUUUUCUUUUAAAUAUAGUGCGGUGGAGAGUAAAAAGGCGAGAUGGCCACUUUUUCCAAAAAAUGGCGCAGACUGAUGUAAAGAUACUAAUCGAGAUGUAAAGUGUAAAUUCCGUUUUUUGGUUGUCACGUUGUAAAACUGUAUAAUACAUGUGUAAAGAAAAAAUAUAUGAGAUCCGUUACAUUGUAAACUAUGUAAUUUCUAAAUUGGAACAGUCUGUUUGUUUCUCUUUGUAUUUUUCGCGGCGACGAAUCGCACGCUUCUAGGGUAGCUGGACGGGGAUCACUUACUUGUGCUCCGAGUUUUUUGGCCGAAAUCUUCUCUUAUCCAUCCAAAAAAAUGGAAAAAAUCACCGGACAAAUCUCACGGAAGGACUUUCCACACACGAUUAUACAGGUGGCAUCAUGAAUACCUACCGGACUUGGAAGAUCGCAUAGGUCCACUUUUCUGAAGCUGAAUGUAUACAACUUGAGUCUAAAAUAUGGGCGAACUUCUAGGACUUCCGCUUAUACAUUGGAUUGGAUAUUACGUGAAACGGACUCUAUCAGUGGCGGCUCCUCAGAGGAGGCAACGGAGGCUGAGCCUCCUCAGAGAUUCUCCUUAAACUGAUAUUAUCUAU